AUGGUGUUACUCAGAUUGGGUUGGUGGAUAUUGGGGUGGAAAGACGAGUUCCCAUACUCUCCGAAUGACAUAGUGCGUAAUCCAUCGAGCCUUCAAUGGCGAGGAAAUCAGAUUCAUGAAGCGAGGAAACUCACCUCAAAGAGUGCAGUAAUAUGGUUCCCCCCAGCAAAUCAUGUCAUCAAGUGGAAUGUGGACGCUUCCGUCCAACCUAUUCACUCGCGUUCUGCAAUUGGAGGAGUUCUAAGGGAUCACAAUGGAAAAUUUAUAUGUCUGUUUUCUUCUCCCAUCCCGUUCAUGGAAAUAAAUAGUGCGGAGAUUAUUGCAAUUCACAGGGCUAUCAAGAUCUCUCUAACAAGGGAUAUGUGUAAAGGAGCAAAAAUAAUUCUUGAAUCCGAUUCUGCUAAUGCAGUCCGAUGGAGCAAUGGCGAAGAGGGAGGGCCAUGUAACCUAAACUUUCAGUUAAACUUCAUUAGAAAUGCCAAGAGAAAUGGUCUUGAUAUUUCAAUUGUGCACAUGGGACGUAGCGCAAAUUUUGUUGCAGACUCCUUAGCGAAACAAGGAAUUCAUCGCCAAUCUGAUUUUAUUGCGUGGCUAUAG